GCAAAUGCACUCGUUUCAGGCCUGACGUCCGUCUCCAACUCGACUACUAUACUACCGCCGCGCUCUGCUCCUGCACCAGCCGGGUCAGCUGAACUGAGCAUCAUAUCAUGGAGGGAGGAGCCGUUCCCAAGCCAUCGGAGAAGAGGGUGGCCCUCGUCACGGGCGGGAACCGGGGCAUGGGGUUCGAGAUAUGCCGGCAGCUGGCGUCCAGCGGCCUCACCGUCGUCCUCACCGCGCGGAGCGAGACGCGGGGCGCCGAGGCGGCCCGCGAGCUUCACGGCUUCGGCCUGCCUGACGUCGUGUCCCACCAGCUGGACGUCACGGAGCCCACCAGCGCUGCUCGUCUGGCUGAUUUCGUCAGGACCAAGUUCGGCAAGCUCGAUGUGUUGGUCAACAACGCGGGAAUCAUGGGGGUGACGAUGGAGGUUGGCGACGACGAGGCAGCCGUCAAAGAAAUGAUGGUAGGCAAGGACCAGAACGAGAUUGCAGAGUGGCUGAAGCAGCGGACCACGCAGAGCGCCGAGCAAGCGGAGGAAUGCGUCAGGAUCAACUACCACGGCACCAAAACCGUCACGGAAGCGCUCCUCCCACUCGUGCAGUCGUCCUCCUCCUCCUCCUCCGGCGGGAGGAUCGUCAACGUCACUUCAUCCUUCGGCCUACUCAGGUUUUUCAGCGGCGAGGAGCUCCGGCAGGAGCUGAGCAGCGUCGACACGCUGACCACGCAGCGCCUGGACGAGCUGUCGGCGCUGUUCCUGGAGGACUACAGGAGCGGCCGGCUGGAGCCCCGCGGAUGGCCGACCGACCGGGUGUACGCGGCGUACCAGGUGUCCAAGGCGCUCGUCUCCGCCUACGCCAGGGUCCUCGCCAGGGACAACCCCGCGCUGCGGGUCAACUGCGUGCACCCGGGCUACGUCCAGACGGAGAUGAACCGCAACACCGGGGACCUCACGGCCGCGGAAGGCGCCAGGGUCUCCGUCGCCGUCGCUCUCGCCGACCAGGGCGGCGUCACCGGCGCUUACUUCGAUCGCACUCAAAUAGCUUCGUUCGUGUAAUCCUCGAGUGCUACGCACGCGUAGAGAAGAACACGCACCACGUUUACCAUGUAUUUCUACCGCAAAUAAUAGAGCUCUAUGCUUGAUGCUUCACA